AUGUCUAAUCUGCAGAAGAUUAAUGACAUCGAGGCGGAGAUAGCCCGCACGCAAAAGAACAAGGCGACGAUGGCGCACCUGUGCCAGCUUAAGGCUCGUCUGGCGCAGCUAAAGCGGGAUCUUAUUGCCUCGGAGUCCAAGAAAGGCGGCGGAAAAGGUGAGGGUUUUGAUGUGCAGAAAACUGGUGAUGCCAGGAUUGGAUUUAUUGGUUUUCCAUCAGUGGGGAAGUCAACUCUUUUGACGAAGCUCACGUCGACGCACUCUGAAGUGGCGGCGUACGAGUUCACGACGCUCACGUGCGUGCCGGGCGUUGUAAAGUACCGUGGGGCGAAGUUGCAGAUGCUCGACCUGCCUGGUAUCAUUGAGGGCGCAAAAGAUGGAAAAGGUAGGGGUCGGCAGGUUAUUGCAGUGGCACGCACCUGCUCUCUCAUUCUAAUUGUACUUGAUAUUGCCAAGCCGCUACAACAUAAACUCAUCAUUGAACGUGAGUUGGAUGGGUUUGGUAUUCGUUUGAAUAAGCAGCCGCCUAAUAUUGAUAUUCGCAAGAAGGAUCGGGGCGGAAUUAGCAUCGCAUCCACGUGCCCCUUGACGCAGUUGGAUCAUGAAACAAUUAAAGCCAUUCUGACGGAGUAUCGCAUGAGUAACGCUGAUGUAAUGCUUCGUGGGGACUACAGCGCGGACGACUUGAUUGACGUUAUUGAAGGCAAUCGCAUCUACAUUCCCUGCGUUUAUGUGUUGAAUAAGAUUGACCAGAUCAGCAUAGAGGAGCUUGACAUUGUCGCCCGGCUUCCACACAACUGCCCCAUCAGUGCCCAUCAUGGGUGGAACCUUGAUGGUCUUUUGGAGUGUGUCUGGGACCACCUCCACUUUAUUCGCAUCUACACGAAGCCAAAGGGUCAGAUGCCCGACUACGACGAACCAGUGAUUUUGAAGAAGUUGCCGCCGCCGACAGUAGAGCGGUUCUGCCUGCGUCUGCACCGUCUAAUGAUGAAGAGCUUCAAGCACGCCUGGGUGUGGGGUUCGAGUGUGAAGCAUCAGCCGCAGCGUGUUGGGAAGGAUCACCUACUGGAGGAUGAAGACGUGGUGCAGGUUGUAAAGAAGGUUUAA